UUGGAGCUCCAGUGAGUUUGAGAGCUACGAUGAGCAGUCAGAUUCUGAAAAAGCCCCCACCCGCAGCAAGGUGCACCAGCUGAUGAGAGCAGCUCGCAGUGGGACAAAAGAUGGCCUGGAGAAGACCAAAAUAGCUGUCAUGAGGAAAGUCUCCUUCCUUCACAGGAAAGACCACUCAGAGGAUGCAGAGGAUGAUGCAGGGUAUCUGGAUGUGACUGUGUCAGAAUCAAAACAUCCACCUGCAGAGCUUGGACCAAUGCCAGAUGGACUCAGCAGCCAACAGAUUAUCCGUCGCCAUAUAUUAGGAUCCAUCGUCCAGAGUGAGAGGAAUUACCUGGAGUCCUUAAAAAGAAUCCUGCAGGAGUACCAGCGCCCCCUGCUGGAGGCAGAGCCUCGUAUCCUGAGCCCAAGAAAGAUCCGGCCUAUUUUCUUCCGCCUGCGUGAGAUCACGCAGUGUCAUUCUAUGUUCCAAAUCGCGCUGGCAUCCCGUGUGGCUGAGUGGGACGUCAGCGAGAAGAUUGGCGACCUCUUCGUGGCUUCUGACAUGUUGAAAAACACUCCUAAGGGUCAUGUGGACCGGCUGCCUCUGCAGUUGGCAUUGACUGAGCUAGAGACUCUGGCAGAGAGGUUGAAUGAGCAGAAGAGAGUGGCUGACCAGAUCACUGAGACACAGCAGCUGGCCCGCAGUGUCAGUGACCGCUCCGUAAGCAAGCUGCUGAACUCAGAACAGAGCACACUGGUGCAAUGUGAGACACUGAUAGAGACAGUGUAUGGAGACCGAGGACAGGUCCUGAAGUCUAAGGAGCGCAAACUCUUCCUCUUCAGUGACAUGCUCAUCUGUGCCAACAUCAACGUCAAGGGGCCCCCUGAUAUCAGCAGUUUGGUUCCUGUGGGUCCAAAGUAUACCAUGAAAUGGAGUGCCCCUCUUCUCCAGGUCCAGGUAGUGGAGGUGGGUCAGGAGAGCUCCCAGAGCAAGGAAACACUCUUCCAGCAUAGUGGAGCCAAGCGCCCUGGAAGCACUGCAGCCCCAGGAAAGGUGAUCCUGGGCCCUCCACGCCUUUAUCAGGAGCUACAGGAGCUUCAGCAUGACCUCUCUGUGGUGGAGCAGGUCACACUGCUGAUUGGAACAUUACAGGGGACAUACCAGAACCUAAACACAACAGUGGCUCAAGACUGGUGCUUAGCCUUACAGAGGCUCAUCCGAAUCAAAGAGGACCAAAUUCAAAGUGCCAAUAAGUGUCGCCUUCGUCUGCAGGUCCCAGGAAGACCUGACAAGUCAGGCCGUCCAAUGAGUUUCAUGGUGGUCUUCAACACCCCCAGUCCCCUCAGCAAGAUUUCCUGGGUCAAUCGUCUCCAUCUAGCCAAAAUAGCACAGAGGGAGGAGAACACACCAGGCUGGUACUGUGCAGAGGAUGACGGGAGGACAAAGGCUCCUUUCUGGUGUCCACUACUUGCAUGUCGUGCACCAGUCUUCACUACGAAAACUCAAGACCGAAAGCUUGAGGCUGCUCUUCACAAUCCAGUCCACUGUGCUUUGCUGGGCUUCUCUGCGGCGAGUACUUCUCUUCCUCAAGGCUACCUGUGGGUGGCUAGUGGAGGAGACUCUGCCCAAGGCCAGGUGGACAUAUUCUCUUUAAACAGGCCUACUCCGCGACCCGUUAAGACCUUCCAGGUUGGAGCACCUGUACUCUGUCUGGAGUAUGUGCCAGAGUUGUGUCCACCAGAAGAUGUGGAGGCGGGGCUCCAAAGCCCAGUCGGAGUUGGCAACACUAUAUGCGCAGGCCUGGAUGAUGGCAGCAUCUUGAUUUAUGGCAGUGUGGACACUGCUGCUCAGUGUCUCCUGACCUUCCGCAACCCUGAGGGAUGCCCUGUUCUGUGCCUCAAGCAUUCUGCUAACUUUCUUUUUGCUGGACUAAGAGAUGGAACGCUUUUGAUAUAUGAACGGCGGAGUGGAGGUAUGUUAUUCUUAUGGGAACUCUGGGACCCAGACUCCUGCAGACGAGUAACAGUGGGCCCAGAUCCUGUCCGGACAUUGCUAACUCUGGAAGACUCUUUGUGGGCCAGCUCUGGGAACUCAGUCACCGUCAUUGAUGUCUCCAGUCUGGCCACUAAGAGGUUUGAGGUUCACCAGGACCCAAUGAUAAGCGUUGCACACAUGGUCCGGGCUGGUGGAGGGGUGUGGAUGGCCUUUUCAGAGGGUUCCUCCAUCCGCCUUUUCCAUACAGAGACACUGGAGCACCUACAAGAGAUCAACAUAUCCACACGCUCUGCUUUCCAAAACCUAAGUCAGAAGAGCAUGCGUGUUACCUGUCUUCUCAUCUGCCAGGGACUGCUGUGGGUGGGCACUGCUCAGGGCAUUAUCAUUACACUGCCGGUGCCCAAGCUGGAGGGCAUCCCUAAAGUUACAGGUAAGGGGAUGACCUCUCUGAAUGCCCACUGUGGUCCAGUGGAUUUCCUGGUGGCGACCUCCAGCACAUUGUCCCCUGAGCUUCUGAAGCGAGAUUCUGUUGGGGAGGGGCUUGACUCUGCCUGUGGAGGAGAAGAACGUAGUGACUCCUCCUCCCAGGAGUCCCUGCAGCAGUCCAGUUGCUCCUCCCAAGGGGAACCCAAAGGGAAAGGCCGGGGGGUGCUGCUGCAGUACCGCCUUCGCUCCACUUCAGGAUUGCCAGGACGGCCGCUGACCGCACGACUGGAUGAAGCUUCAGACUCCUCUUUGGAAUCAUUGGAGCACAGUCUGGAGGAUGGCUCCAUAUAUGAACUCAGCGAUGACCCUGAUAUGUGGGUACGGGGUCGUCCUUGUGAACGGGACGGGGCGCGAAAGGACAGGGUCACCUCAACAGCAGUCAUUUCUGGGGGAAAGGGCUACCGUCAGUUAAGGGAGGGAACAGCAGGGGGCUCAGGGGACUCAUCAGAAAGCACUCUGAUGGUCUGGCAGCUGCCACUCACUGUCUGAUCCAUAGUGGAGACAUUAAGUCUCUGAGGUGUAAAUGUAAGGCAGGUUAAUCAAAGACCUCACCCAUCUUCAGACUUUAUGUCGAUGUGAGUUGAAUUAAGCUUACUGAUGCUGUUCUGGCAGAAGCUGGAUAUUUUUAAAACUAGUAUGGGAGCUACGAGUGUGUUCUGCCACCACUACCAGGAGAGCAUGUCCAUAAUUUCAAAAUCCUUGUCCUCCAUGCAUAAAGGUGAAUGGAUCAUCUUUCCAUAGGGAAUCCCAGUGAUAUGAACAUAACCAUAAAGGCUAAUCGUGUUCAAGAGCAGGAUUCUCUCUACAGCAUUAGGGUAUUUUUUGAUGAAU